AUGGAGGACCGAAGCUAUGCAGAGGAACAACAGCGGGACCAGACCCUUAAGGCUUGCAUAGCGCGGAUAGGCGAGAAGUCGACGGGUCGGGACGGGAAGAGCACAGUCGAGUUCAAGAGGGAAAACCGGCUGCUCUACCGAUACUAUACCGACAAGACAGGCCGACGAACCCGUCAACUAGUCGUUCCCGAGAUUCACCGUAAAACGGUUUUGAAAUUAGCUCAUGACGGCAUUAUGGCGGGUCAUCUCGGGAGCGAAAAGACGAAGGACCGCAUCAAGGAGGAGUUCUUCUGGCCAGGUCUCACGGCUGACGUAAAGAGGUUCGUAGCCUCCUGCGACAUCUGUCAGCGCACGGUCCCAAAAGGCCGCGUACCUUGCGUACCGCUCGGUAAGGCCCCGGUAAUCGAGACCCCUUUUUCAAAAGUGGUGAUCGAUAUCGUGGGGCCCAUCCACCCACCGUCUAAACAGGGGAACCGGUACAUCCUGACCCUGAUGGACUACGCUACCCGUUAUCCGGACGCCGUAGCCUUGCCAAGUAUCGAGACCGAACGUGUGGCCGAGGCGCUUGUCGAGAUGUUCUCUCGCGUCGGAGUUCCGAAGGAGUUGCUUAGUGACCGAGGCAGCAACUUCACCUCAGACCUCAUGAAGGAAGUGGCUCGACUGCUCUCCGUCCGCCAGCUCCACACCACCCCUUACCACCCCAUGGCUAACGGUCUGGUGGAGAAAUUUAACGGCACCCUCAAGCUGAUGCUGAAGCGCAUGUGUGCUGAGAGACCCCGAGACUGGGACCGCUACCUGGCCCCAUUGCUUUUCGCUUACCGGGAGGUGCCCCAGACCAGCCUCGGGUUCUCGCCCUUCGAACUUUUGUACGGGCGCCAUGUUAGGGGACCGCUCUCUAUCCUAAAAGAAGUGUGGACCAACCUCGACCUCGAAGAAGAGGCGAAGGACCGCCAAUUCCAGCCCGGCGACAAAGUCCUGAUUCUCCUCCCAACCGAUAACAACAAGCUACUUCUGCAGUGGAAGGGGCCCUUCGAGGUCAAGGCAAGGAAGGGGGACGUCGACUACUCGGUUGACACCCCCGGGGGACUCAAAGUCUUUCAUGCGAACUUGCUAAAACGGUACGAGGAAAGGAAACGCGAGAGCCCGGAAAAGCAGUGCCAAGCGAUCUGCGGAGUGUCCGACUGGAACGAGGAAAAUGGUAUUCCGGUGCCGGAGUUCGUGAAAACCGAAGGGACUGAAGACGUAAAGCUAAACCCAAGGUUAACGACGGAGCAGACAUCGGGAAUCCAGGAAGCAAUGGCCACUUACCACAAGAUCUUCUCCAACGUGCCCGGCAAAACAAACUGGGUCGAGUGCCACCUCGAACUCACCACCGACACCCCAGUUCAUGUCAAGCAGUAUCCACUACCAUUCGCCACGCGGGAAAAUGUCGAGAAAGAAGUGGACGAAAUGCGGACACUGGGAAUUAUUGAAGAGGCUCACUCGCCGUACAACUCGCCCGUCCUUAUUUGCAAGAACGAGCGCUGCACCAGCCACAAUACCCAUCACCUCAAAGGAGUGAUUCUCCAAGACCACAGUUAUGGCACUUGA